AUGGUGGUGGCGCGUGUGGGCGGCUCCCUGCGCCCCGUCUUCCUGUGCACGUCGGCUUUGGUGGCGACCGUGUGCCUGACGGUCUACAUCAUGCAGAACAGCGGUGUUUGCAGCCUCCACACUGCCGCCCUGUUCCGGGCUCAGCGGCCGCUGGGCGGGGUUGCCACGCCCGCAGGGCUGCUGGCAGAUGGGGCAGCGCAGCAGCGCAGCUCCCCGCGCACCUGCCCUAGCACACAGGAGGUCCAGGCCUCGGCCUGGGCACAGAGCUGCUAUCUGGUGACCAAAGUGUGCGUGGACCGAGGCAUGCUGGUGCUCUAUGACGAUCGCUACCAGCCUGGGGCGCGUGGCGGCGGCAAGGAGCCACCCACGUAUUCUGCAGAGGAGAACUACGGCCAGUACAUCUAUGUGUACCGCAAUGGGGGCAUCAAGUAUGGCUACCCUCUGGACACCAUUCGCAGCCGGGCAGCCAGCAUCAAUGAGGGCGCCGACUAUCUGCAAAGCCCGGUUUUCUCCAACUGCACCGUCCCCAUUGUAUGGUACCCCUUUUGGAUGACCAACUUUGGCCACUUCCUUAGAGGCAAGGCAGCGCUGGACACGCCCUGGGCCGACAACAUCAAGCUGGUGCCCAUGACAGCAGAGGGGCUUGCGCUGCCAGGGUUCAACUACGACCUUCUGCAAACGAUGUCGUCUUUCAGGGUGGAAACAUGGGCAGACUUCACAUCCCGACUGCCUCCUGGAAGUGCCUCCUUUGUCCAGCCGGGGACGCCCCCCAGCGCCGAGGGGGACCACCAGCGCUGCUUCCAAAACAUGUUUGUGUGCACGCACGGCCUGACCAUCACUCGCUGGCCGUUGCACGGCUUUGGGCGGCACGUGGUCCAGGCCUACCGUCACAUGCUGCCGCCAGAGGUGCAAGCGCUUGGCGCCGUCAGCAGCAUUGUGCCGCCGCAGGCGCGCCCUGGCAGCAGUAGCACAGAUGGUGGUGUAGCCACCGUUUUGAACGUUGUGUUCCAGAAGCGGGCAGGAGACACACGCCAGCUGCUCAAUUCGGGGGAGCUGCUGCAGCGGUGCAACCAGUGGCGGUAUCGCACGGCGGCUGGCCGGCAGCUGGGCGCCAAGUGUUGGGAGGUGGAGAUCACCGACUUGGUGAGCGGCAUGACGGCUGCGCAGCUGGCAGACGUGUUCGUGGGCGUACAUGGCGCUAAUUUGGCAAAUGGCUGGCUGAUGCGGCCUGGCAGCAGCAUGCUGGAGGUGCAGCCAUAUGGCUUCGAUGCCCACGUGCCUCACCUGCAGGACCCUCUGUUCAAUGCCGAGGACAAAGACUCCCAGGUGUUGUGGUGGGUGCUUAUGGGCUGCGACCCCGCUGCCUGGCGGCCCUCGCCCAUGGAGGCGGCGGCCAGGGGCGAGGAGUCAAAUUGGGCAAAGAAUCGCAACAUGGUACUGCGGUGGGAGGCGCUAGAGAUGGCAUUGCAGCAGGUGGCCGAGACAGGCGGCGACAUGCAGCGGUACUGGCAGCUGUGGGACAAGGGCGAGUGGUGGUGGCAUGUUGGCCCCAAGAAUAUCACGUUUGGCGGCCACUACAGAUCCAAAUGCUCGCAGUAG